AUGGUAUCUACUUGGCCAGAAUUAACUCGUGCCUUGGAGUCACAAUUUGGUCCUUCUCCAUUUGAUUGUCCAAUGGCUGAGUUGUUUAAGCUACAGCAAACAGGUUCUGUUUCUGAUUAUUAUCUUAAACUCAUGUCCCUGGCUAAUAGAUCUCUUGGAUUGAGUGAUGAGGCCUUCCUUAAUUGCUUUAUUAGUGGUUUGAAUGCUGAUAUUCGUAGGGAUGUUGUUGCUAUGACUCCUCGUACUUUACUUCGUGCAAUAGCUUUAUCUAAGUUGAGAAGGAAGAAAGGCCUUUGUUAUUUCUAUGAUGAGAAGUUUUCUUUUAGUCAUAGAUGUCCUAACAGACAAUUUUUGUUUUUACAAUUGGAAGAAGAUGAUAUUGAAGAUUCUUCUAGUUUGGCUGUAUCUCAAGUGGUUCAUGAAGCUAAAAUUAUGGAACCUGAUGAUCAUCAUUUAUCCUUGAAUGCUUUGAAAGGUGGUGUAGGAGUUGGUACUAUCAGAUUUUUGGCCUAUAUUGAUAGACUUCCUAUGACUAUGUUGAUUGAUGGAGGAAGUUCAGAUAAUUUCUUAUAG